AUGAUCCGAACGAUGACUAAGGUUGCCAAGAAGAGUAUCAAGAAUGCAGGCCAAAAUAGAGCACAGACUGUUACCCAAAACGUUCGUUCUGAAGCCAUCCAGAAGCUCAGCGAUAUCAAGCUAUCCGAUGAGCAAUUGCAGUUGAAAAAUAACGUGUUCCAGUUCAUUGAGGACAAGAUUAGUAAAUUCGAUGGCCGUAAUACGUCGAUGUACGUUAUAGAAGGUGAUGCAGGAACUGGAAAGUCAGUGAUCUUGAACGCAUUGUUCAAUGAUUUGCAGAAACAAUCGCUGCCUACGUCGACCAAUGAAGUUCUAAGGAACACCAAAAACUAUCUUGUGGUGAACCACCCGGAAAUGUUGAAGUUGUACCAUCAGAUAAGCCGUUCGUUCCCAUAUAUCAAGAAAUCGUCGUUGGAAAGACCUACGUCUCUAAUAAACCAAUUGAAGAAGCAGGAAGGCGCCAAAUGCGAUGUCAUUAUAGUCGAUGAGGCACAUCUUCUGGCUACGUCUAAGGAUGCUUUCAAGAGAUUCUAUGGCGAUAACCAUCUCGAAGAAUUGAUGGACUUGGCCAAAGUUCUGAUUGUAGUAUUUGAUGCCAAACAAUCGCUCAGGAUGGGCUCUUAUUGGGAUGAUCAGCCAGGUAAUGGGUCUACUUUGCAGCAGUACUACAAGGCACUCCCAGAGGAGAAUAAGAAAUGGUAUAGGCUGAAACAACAAUUUAGAGUUGUGGCGGAGAAAGAUAUAUUAGAGUGGAUCCAGCAGAUCAGCACCACUGGCAAGAUUUUGCCAAUGCCAUCAUCGGUGAAAGAGGGCAAAUCGACAUUCGACUUCAAGAUUUGGGAUGAUUGUGGCGCUAUGUACGAGGAGCUAAAAAGGCUGAACGAUAAGUACGGCCAAUGCCGAAUGCUGGCUACUUACGACUUCCCUUAUAGAUUGGACGGUAAAGAUUAUUUCGUUGAGUGCGGCGAUACGUUUAAGGUCCGGUGGGAUAGAUACACACCUAGGGCCAUUGCACCAUGGUCAGAGCGUGCCGAUACUAUCGACGAAGUCGGUUCAGUGUAUACCAUUCAGGGUUUUGAUUUGAAUUGGGCCGGUGUAAUUCUUGGCCGUAGCGUUGGAUACGAUGCGGAAACGGAUUCUAUCAAGCUAAAACCAGAAUUCUACGAUGAUCAUGCCGGGUUCACCAAGAAGAAGAACAUUAAAGAUGUCGAGAAGGUUAAAGCGAAAAUUAUCAUGAACAGUAUCAAUGUGUUGCUUACUCGGGGUGUCAAGGGACUUUACAUUUAUGCAUGGGACCCUGAAUUAAGAAAGCGUUUAGCAAAAUUAUAG